UGAAGUUAUUUUAACAAUCAUCGAAUUUUAUUCGACUUACAAAAAAACAAUUGAGAAUACAAAAUGGUUUUGUUUGUGGAUAACGAAGUACGUUUCGAUGUACCAUAUUCGUACAUGAAAUUACGACCCGGCGAAAAAAUCAUUGAUCGAUUAGAUUCAAUUGAGGAUACAAAAGGUAAUGGAGGUGAUAUUGGUAAUAUGUUUAUCACGAACCUACGAAUUUUAUGGUAUUUAUUAUCUGCAACGGGUGUUAGCUUAUCAAUUGGCUUCAACUGUGUGGUGAGUACGAGUACUACUCUUGUCAAUUCGCAUUUAAAAGGAAAAACUGAAGCUUUACACAUCUUGACAUCUUACAAAAAUUCAAAGUUUGAAUUUAUUUUUACAAAUUUGAUUCCUGGAAAUUACCGACAUUUUACAUCUGUUAUGGGAGUGCAUAAGGCAUACGUACUAUCCAAAUUGUACCGUGAAUUAAAAUUACGUGGAUCUGUUGUACAAAAUAAACAAUUAAAAAUUUUACCUUCGGAACAAAUCUAUUCGAAUACGGCAGGAGUAUGGAAUUUGAGCAGCGAUCAAGGAAAUUUGGGAACACUAAUUAUAACAAAUAUUCGAAUUGUAUGGUUUGCUGAUAUUAAUGAAGCGUUUAAUAUUUCUUUGCCAUAUUUACAAAUAACUUCUGUAAAAAUUCAAGAAUCCAAAUUUGGUUUAACAUUAGUUUUAACAAGCCACGAAUCAAGUGGCGGAUAUGUUUUGGGCUUCAAAUUGGAUUCCGUGGAUAAAUUACAAUCAAUCCACAAGGAAAUUAACACAUUAUAUCAAGUCUAUUUGAAUAAUCCAAUUUAUGGUGUCCAUUAUAUUUGGACGAAAAAAACGCCACCAUCUCAAAAUGAAACUAAACCCAUCGAUGAUUUACAAGAGCUUGCAACUGAUGAACGUAAUGAAAUUUCGAAUACAUUCACAAUAUAUAUGACGGAAUCGAAUAAAAAUGGACAAAAUCUUCCAAAAUAUUAUCCACAACUUGGCUUAAGUGUUGAAAAUUUAAAAGAUGGUUUUACUUUGAAAAAAUUAUGGGAGGUUAUCCCACAAAAUAAUUAA